AUGUUUUUUGUGAGAGACUUUGUACAAAACAUUCAUUUGAGUCCAAGCUAUCUUGGCCCAAAUAUACAAACACUUAUAGAAGAAUACCUAUUAAGUAAGGUUGAGGGAUCAUGUAGUUCUAGCGGGUAUGUAGUUAUGGUUCUCAGCAUAGAUGAGGUAAGUGAGAGUAGAAUCAUCCUGACAGGAGAAACCAUAUUUACUGUCAAGUACAAGGCUCUUACACUAAAGCCAUUUAAAGGCGAGAUAAUUGAUGCAAAUGUCGUUGAAACAAACAAAAUGGGCGUUUUUGCAUCUGUUGGACCACUAACAGUGUUUAUAUCAAACCAUCAAAUACCAAACUUUCUUCUAGAAAAUGAAAUAACAAAGGAUAUAAUGAUUAGAUUAAAGAUCAUUGGAACUAAGAUAGACUCUACCAAAAUAUAUGCUGUUGGGACCUUGAAUGAUGAUUCUCUGGGCAUAAUUUGCUAA